ACAAAAAAUUUCGAAAUUAAGUAACACAUUUAUUGUUUGUUUUGAUUUUUGCAAUAAAAAUGCCUGCAGCAUUGUCGGCCAGUGGCUCCAAACGCAAUGACUCCCCCGUGGAUCUGAUAAAGUCUUUAGAGUUGUCCGGGGAAGCAGAUCUCGAUGCUGAGAUCAAGAACUGGAUACUUUGGGAUCGCAACGAGGCCACAUUGCAGCAGGUGGUCGAUGCAGUCAAUGACAAGGAUUGGGAGGCUCUGCGAGUGCGCCUCGGCACUCGCAUUCCAUUCGGCCCGGCCGGUCUGAGAGGCGGGAUGCGAGCUGGCUUUGAUUCCAUCAACGACCUGGUUAUCAUACAAACAAUGCAGGGUUUAGCUCAUUACCUGAUAGAAACCCAUCCAAGUGUCCAACGGAGAGAGACCCAAGGAGUGGUUAUAGGCUACGACGGACGCUACAAUAGCAAGCGGUUCGCCCAACUGGCGGCCUCAGUCCUUCUCAAUAGUAACUUUCGCGUCUAUUUCUUCAAUCGCAUGAUUCCAACUCCAUUUAUUUCGUUCUCCGUUAUAAAUUUGAACUGCCUGGCUGGCAUUGUAAUCACUGCAUCGCAGAAUCCCAAAGAGGACAACGGAUGUAAGAUCUACUGGGCGAAUGGGGCUCAGGUCACAACGCCCAUUGACAAGAAUAUCCAUGAUGCCAUACUUAAGAAUCUCGAGCCAAAACCCUCUUCUUGGGACCUUUCGAUUUUGGACGAGAGCCCUCUUCUGGAUGAUCCCUAUCGCUUAGUCUAUCCAAAGUACUACGAGGCCUUGAAGAAACUUCUGCCACCUGUCUUUUUGGAGACCAACGAGUGCAGUCAGUUGCGUUUUGUCUAUACACCAUUGCAUGGUGUUUGUUAUUCGUUUAUGAGAGAGGCAUUUUAUCAGGCCAGGUUGAAGCCCCUGAUUGCAGUGGCUGAGCAGAAAGAUCCAGACCCCGAAUUUCCAACGGUUGCCAAUCCUAAUCUAGAAGAGGGCAAGGACACUUUGGCCUUGGCCAUUAAGAAAGCCGAGGACGAGCAUUGUACAAUUGUUUUGGCCAACGAUCCGGAUGCCGAUCGCCUGGCGGUGGCCGAACUGGAUCCCAAGGGCCGCUGGAAAAUCUUUAAUGGAAAUGAAAUUGGAGCCCUACUUGGCUGGUGGGCAGUUGAGAGCUAUCGCACAAGAACACCCAAGCCGGACAUAUCCAAUUGUGUUACCAUUUCCAGCACGAUCAGUUCACGAAUUCUAUCGGCUAUCGCUCGAGCAGAGGGUUUCAUUCAUGUGGAGACAUUGCCAGGCUUCAAGUGGAUGGCCAACAAGGCUCUGGAGCUGCAGGGCCUUGGCAAAACGGUGCUCUUGGCAUUCGAGGAGUCAUUCGGUUACAUGUUUGGCAUGAACCAUGCCGACACAGAUGGCAUAAUUGCAGCCACUCAAUUAGCCACCAUGGCAUGCUAUUUGCGCAGCACUCGCAACAUGACACUGAUUGAGAAAUUGAGGGAGGUCUACGAUCGUUAUGGCUACCAUGCGUCCAUCAGUUCACAUAUCAUUUGUCCCGAUGCGGAUCUAUCAUUGCAAAUCUUUGAACGAUUGCGCAGCUUUGACGAUGAUCAGCCAGGAACUUAUCCACGAUGCAUUCUGGAUGGCGAAUUCGACGUGAUGCAUGUAAGGGAUCUGACAACGGGUGUGGACACUUCAUAUGCUGACCGCAAAGCUCGUCUACCUGUUAAUCCCAACAUUCAAAAUAUAACAUUCACCUUUACCAAUGGAUUUAUCAUCUCAUUGCGAUGCAGUGGAACUGAAUCCAAGAUGAAGUAUUAUGCCGAGAUAUGCGGUCUACCCGAGGAUAAGGAAUGGGAUGAGAUGAAUGAUAAAUUGUACCGCAUGACUGCUGCUGCUAUAGAGGAAUUCUAUCAGCCCAGUUUCCAUGGUCUUGAGUCGGGUCGGACAGAUGCUUAAAGUCAACCUCUUGGCGCAUCCUUUAAUGUACUGACAACUCAUUAAAGUCUUGGAAUAUCUUUCGGCUCAGAGGUCACAGAACGCCAA